GUACAGACGCCAACACAACACUCCCGACACAUACACAUACACCCUCUCUCGCUUCAUACACAUCUCCGUCCCUCCGUACCUCAAUCCCUACCUCCACGUGCGCCCGCUCUCAUUGCGCAACUGCUUCUUUCUUCCUCGUUUCUCCAGCACCAUUCCUUAUUUCCACCGCGCUUGUUCUCUGGCCUUCUGCGUUCUUUAGUGCUGCUCCUACCACCGCUCCUUCGUCGGCGACCCGCUCUCCUCACAUAUGUAAGCAGCUUCUAUCUCCGCCAUUGCAUCGUCUUCUUCGCUCGCUUCUCCACUGUUACGGACGCACCGAAGUGAUCCAUAUACGCCUACCUACCUGCAUACGUACAUCCAUACCCGCGUUUCGAGUAUAUCUUAUCCAUCCAGCCGACAAACACGGCCUAUCCCUGUGCUCCGCCGAAAUUGCCUUCCAAGGAAAUUCAUAUCCAUCCUAUUGUAAGUCAAUCAGUACGGCACACUCGUCCAUCUGCAUGCCGUCACCGUCGCGGGCGAGCUGAACCCGGAACCUAUUUCCACAUCCCGCCGUCAUUGCCUGUCUUCUACAAACACACUCGCAUGUCCUCUCUCCUCUUGUUGCGCUCGCGCUCUCGGAUAAAAAAAGGGAGGGCAGGAAAGAAAAAAGAAUCACUUUGCAGUCCCAAAAUUGACACAAGGCCCGGCAUACAGCAGGCUUUUUUCUGUUUGGACGGCUGGAAGACGAGCGACUGGGCCAAGUCUGCUCAAUUGUAGGGGAACUUCGAUCACGUCCACGAUCCUUCCGCAACCUUUUCCUCACAUCGGGACCAGAUCAGUCACGCGGCGAAAGUCGAGGCGCCGACGCGCGCACAGCCAAGGAAAGCAGCUGCAUGCACAUCUGCACUGUGCCGUGCCGUACCGUGCUGAAACGGGCCCUUGGGUGGGAACGUAUGACACGCAAGGGGAUUCGGCCAAUCUCUCAAAGCGCAUCCUUUCAAAGCCAGAGUCGCACGCGCACAACCGCGCACAAGGUCGCUGAGCCCACUGGUUGCCGAGCCCUCAACCGUUUUGUCGCAACGUCGCGCGAAAAGGAGAGAGGGAUAGAGUGUGCGUGAGAGAGGCGAGAAAGGGAAGGCGAGAAAGUGAGAAGUGAGAGGGCACAUGUACGCCAUCCACGAUUCACAGAGCACAACGCACGGGAAACCCAAAAGAAAACCGAGAGCGCAUUCGUUUCUUGUUUAACGUGCCGACGGCGUGGACUGACUGACGCAUUGACUAACUAACGAGGAUAGGACAUUCAAUGCUUCGCUAAAAGAGCGCACAAAAUUUACCAUUACGCAUUCAUUCGCCGUCCAUACGCGCUCAAUUUACCCGGCGCGCACGCGCGAGCUCUGGCUUAACGUCCGUUCACAAUCCUUCUCAUUGUGCGGCAAACUGAGAGUCGAGUCGACGCUCUUAUUUUGUUCGUCCUCGCUCCUUCUUCGUCUUCCCAUCGAGCCCACACCAAAGACAUGGCACCGAAGAGCGCGAGUUCAAAACGACAGCCCCCUGCUCCUUCACAACUGGCACAUGAACAAAGCAGCCUACCGCUGGCAGACUACUUCUUUAUCGCCGGCAUAGAGUCGUCGCAGAUUUACGACGAGAAACUAGCCCAGACACUGCAGCACGCACCUCCCCUCGAAGACACGAUCCAGGAGCACAGCGUCCUCGACACAACCACCAAUGGGCAGCAGUCACGCUCGUCAGGCGACGGACUGGGACUCAGCGGCUUGGAAGGCCGGCGAAAGAGUAAUGGCACGGCACGCUUCAGCUACGAGAGGAGAAAGUCAAUAGGCAGCCUCGUAGGCGCCGGUUCUGGGACAGCAAGCAACAGAAGCAGCGCGACCAUCAAGCCAAGUGGAAACACGGACACCCUGUCAAACGGCGUCCAAUUGGCGGACCAGGACAGUUCCGUGGGCGCUGGCGCCACGGCAGUGACUUCGCUGUCUGGCUUGUCCGACGAGGACUUUGACUCUGCUCUCAGAAAGUUUGCCUCAGAGCGAGACGAGUUCAUGGAGGAGAUGCAUUUCAGUGCCGGCACUCUACCCCAGAUGACGAAGCCGAAGCCGAGACCUCGUACGCAGAAGAUUGUCAGCGAAGACGUGAGCGGGCUUCGGGGCGGCGUGGGAAGUCUCAGAAGGAAACUGUCGACUAUGAACAGCAUGAAGCGACAGCCGUCGGUCAUGCGCCAAUCUUCGAUCCGCACCUCGAAGCGAAUGAGCGGCUACAACUCGGUCAUUCCCAACCCGCAGCCGUUUCAAGCGGAUCCAAAUAUGCACCCUCUGAAAAGGAGGUACGAACCGGGACUGCUGGAUCGGUACCCGCCCAAGGCAAUGGUCGACGAGCUAAAGCGACGGAAUCCUUUCCCUGAUUACGUGCCCAUGUUCGCGUUUCCGAACGACAUCACGGUCGUUUCCUCGGACGAGCGGCCCCGAUCGACGUGGCACGGCUUCUGCAUGACCAACGCGGACGGCUCGAAACUGUACGGCGUGACGCUUAUCAUGUGGCUCCCGCUGAAUCAGAAAGUCUCGGAGGAGUUGGAGCGGCAGUGCGAGGAGUGGCGCAAGGCGAACAUGACCAAUGAGGAGCGGGAGCUGGCGAGCAGCCUCGGCGAACGUCUGGCCAUCGAGCGCGCGAAGCUAUCGAGACUGCUGUCCCAGUUGCCCACCAUUCCCUCCGGCUCGGAGGAGCGUGACCAGCUCGAAGACGACAUCAGCGCCGUGGAGGAGAAGAUCGGAUUGAUGACUGACUUGCUGAGACCCGUCCGCCACGGCGCUGCGUCGAAGAUAGAGGGCCUCACAGAUGGAGAGACGGGCCUGUGGAUUCCACGUGCCUACGGCAUCCUGGGCCGCGACGGGUCGCUGACGAGUUUCUGGAAGGAGUGGUUGCGGGCCGUUGCAGUGCCCAUGACAAACGGCGCCAUCCAGCGCGUGCCGGCCACGUCGCCCAAGGUUGGCUUGUGGCAGCCGCUCGAGCGAUAUGUUGUCAACCUGUGCGCCGAGGCACCGAGCCCGAUUUCCUCGCUGACGCAGGUCGAGGUGCAAGUUCGCGAACUGCGCCUCUACGCUCGCAAGGAGGCCGUGAACGAACUGCCGGGCUCGCGCAACGUGGAUCUGUACGCUCUGUUCCGCGCCUUGUCGAUACCAAACAUCAUCAUCCUUUUCGAGUAUAUGCUCGCCGAGUCACGCAUCAUCUUGCUGUCGUCUCACACGGCGAUGCUGCACCUUGCCAGUCAGGCACUUUUGGCUCUUCUAUACCCACUCAAGUGGACGGGCAUUCUCGUACCCGUACUGCCGAACAGGCUCAUCCAGACACUGGAGGCUCCUGUUCCGUACAUUGUAGGCAUCGAAAGACGGUAUGAGGCCGACCUGCCGGAUGAUGACUUUGUGCUUGUUGAUCUGGACUCGGACACGAUCGAGAGCUUUGGUCCACCUCCUUCUUUGCCCAAGCAACAGCGACGCAAAUUGACGACGCUGCUGCAGUGCGCCGCACCGCACCAUCUUCGGUACGGUGUCGAAGUUGGGCCCCCACCGUACGCAAAGGAGACGUACCCUUGCGACGCCUUCUCGUCCGAAUGCCCGUCCGUGUACACGCACCGAGCCCCAUCUUCUACUCUUGCCACCCUCGUCAGCCUCAAUUCGACGUCUUUCACGGACGUUGGCGCGCUUAUGGCUUCGGCGCGAGGCCAGGUAUUUAACGCGUUCCUUCAAGCCAAAGAUCCGAACAGCCGUGGCUCCGACCACCGCCCGGCCACAAGCACGACGUCUGGCAACGGCAGGCUGGCGUCACCGCCUUCGCCACGACUGUCCCCAACGUCUGGCCAGUUUCAGGUGCCGGGAACGCCUAUCUCACGCAACGACUCGGCGUUCGCCCUACAAGCGAGUCUGCGCGAGAAGCGCUCAGGUCACUUCGAUGCCUCGUCCAGACGCAGCUCCUCCUUUGGCUUCGAGCGCAUGCCGCCCGUGCGUCGCCCAAGCCAGCCCUGGAUGGGCCAUCUUCCCACGCCGUCGACAUCAACGCUUGGCAGCGACUUUCGUUCAGGCUCCUCGUACGCGCCGUCUGUGUAUGCGCAGUCCACGCUGGCAGCCUCGACCAUUAUGCCAGGCGUGCUUAUGCAGCCGGUGCGUAACACGGAUUCGACCCAGUGGGUCGAAGGUCACUGCUUAAACUGGAAGCUUCACGAUAAGAAUGGUAUCUGUGCUGUCUGCGACGAAAAGUCCGACGAGGGCAUUUACAAGUGUUCCGGCUGUAGCGUAACGGCGCACGGCAGAUGUCUGCAGCAGAUCACAAACGUGUGCCCUUCGGCCUUCCGCCCUGAGCUCGUGCGCGCAGCCUUCGUGCGCUGCUUUGCGAGCCUACUGUACACAUAUCGGCGCUUCUUGCGGCCGGCCAAAGGAGAGCAGCGGGCCAACGGCAUGCUGUUCAAAUUCGACUUGGAAGGCUUUAUCAAGAGUCUCCCUCACGAUACGGCUGAGUACAUGGCAACUCUACAAGACACGCAGGCAUUCAACGAAUUCAUCCACGAAGUCGAGGUUACCAAACCAGACGACCCGGCCGUUCGCCUCUUCGACCAGAUCAUUAUUUCCAAACGCAACCGUGGACGCACUUCGCUCUUUUCCAAAGCGAGUACGGACUUUUUGUCUGACAACUCGGAGCAUAUCUGGCGCACAGCGCAAGCAAACCCACCAAACGCACGCUUCCCGGGUGAUUAUAGACAGGUCAUCAGUCGUAUUCCGGCUAAGCUCGACCCGACCUUGAUGAAGGAGCCGCGUGUCUUGCAGGGCGUUCCGCGCGUUCCUCUCGUCAAGGCCAAGAGAAAACCUAUUGGAUCGACGGCUGGCGUGGCGAUGCAGAAGAACCCAUGAGUGCAGCAAAUGUCAUUUGAGCACCAUCUUUUGCUCACGCAACUCAUCUCCGAAUCUUCCGCAAGGUGCUCCCAACAAAUACACACGUACAUAGAGACACAAACACAUGCACAUGCACAUAACUCUAACACACAUGAAACCUCUCCGGGUACCUAAGCGUUUAUCGCAAAUCACUUUUUUUUUUCAAUCUCUCCACUGCAUUUGAGCGAACGGCGUUGGAGAUGAUGAAAUUUAAACAAAAAAUCCCUUACUUUCUACGUCUGAUCUCGCAUCGGCGAUCAACACACGAGACGUACAGACACGCACACAUAUACAUUUUCAGCUAUUUACUGGCAUGCAAUUGUUUGAUAAGCUUUUUAUUUGGCGCGUGGGGUUAUGCGUUGCGAUAGAUGCGCGCGGAAAGGCAAAUACACUAUACUUCAGGGCGUUUGGGCGUAACUGCAAAGUACCGGCUCGAUCACCUGCAACUGAGAUGUCUUGCAGCACAUCGGGUCGAAGAGGAGCUUUGGCAGGCUGCCAAAGGGGAUCCUCCACGGACUUCACAGUACGUGUAGAUGUAUUAUUACAAGAUCACCUUAUGUAAUUAUGUAUUGAAUGCUCUAUUGCUCAAUCUGUCUAAACA